AUGAAGCGCGAGGCGGAUGACGAGGCAUAUGAGGGCCCAGCAAAGAGACAAUUGAUUGAUUUAGGCAUCGAAAUCAGCACAGCCGAGGAGAGCGUCUCUCAGAUCGGUAACGACGAUGCAACUAGUCUUCACACACCAUCGGAAGCCCAGACUCCACCGACAGUUGUGAGCGCGACGUCCAGAGCCUCCAAGAGGCGCAACUAUCCCUCGGAACAAAAGACAAGCAAAUGCACCUGGCCGGGCUGCCCCAAGACCUUCAACCGGCCUGCACGCCUCCUGGCCCAUUUCCGCUCUCACACCAAUGAGCGUCCCUAUAAAUGCACGUAUGUGGGCUGUGACAAAGACUACACCGAGAGCAAGCACCUGAAGCUGCACCUGCUCUCCCACACCAAGGAGGCCAAAUACGUUUGCGAGACGUGCGACAAGGCCUUCGCGACGGGCACCAGGCUUCGCCGCCACCAGGCGGUCCACGAGGGCCAGGAGCGGUUUCGAUGCAGGGACUACCCGCCAUGCGACCAGUCAUUCCGGAAGCACCAGACGCUGCAGCGGCACGUCCUCAAGGAGCACCUGGGCAAGAAGGCGUUCCCGUGCACGCACGAGGGCUGCGGCGCGUCGUACGACACGGCAAACUCGCUGCGGAGCCACCGUGACAGGGACCACGGCGAGAUCCGGUUCUGGUGCGGCGAGUGCUGUGAGCAGGCGGCGCAGAACCCGGGCGACGAGACCAAGAAGCCCGUGGGCUUCACGACGCAGUUCCUGCUCGACGCGCACAUGCGCCAGGACCACGUCAACUGCAUCUUCUGCGACGUCCGGUUCGCCGGCCACUACCUGCUGGAGCAGCACAUGGAGAUGUACCAUUCGGGCCUGUCCGUCGAGGACCGCAAGACUGUCGAGUGCACGUUCCCCGGCUGUGCCAAGAAGUUCACCAAGAAGGCCAACAUGAACAGCCACUACCGCACCGCGCACGAGGGCAAGCGCUUCGUCUGCGGCAAGGUCAACACGUUCGACGUGCCCGGGCUCGAGGACUGGAACUGGACCGAGGAGGGCUGCGGCGAGGGCUUCGUCGACAAGGCAAAGAUGUCGCAGCACGUCCUCUACGUGCACCUGGGCAGGCCCCGGCCGGCGACCGGCGCGGGCUCGACCCACACGGCCAAGGCCGCGGGCGCCGGGCGGAGCUUCCUUAAUGAGAUCUCCGGCGUCGCGAACCACGAGCGCCGCCAGAUCGUCUGCACCGUGCCCGAGUGCGCUGUCCGCUUCAUCCGGUACGCCGACCUCCACAACCACGUCCAGGCCCAGCACCCCGAGCACGCCGACGAGGUCGGGCUGCUGGGGGCUUCCGAGGUUCCGCGUCUGCAGGACGGGGAGGUCAUCUGGGGCGGCGACGGUGGUGCUGAGAUGGCUGCGCUCGAUGAGCCGCAGUUCACAGACUGGGGACUGGUCGAUGACGCUGGCCCUGAGGCCGAUGCGCAGGAGACGGCCAACUGGGACCGGGAGGAGGCGAACUUGAUGCAGCUGAUCGAUCUGGACGCUGCCGCCAUCGACCCCAAUCUUCUCCCGGCUUGA